CGCGGGCGCGCCCCCCCGCGCCGCCACGGUCACGCGCUCCCCCCCCCCUUCUCCCCCCUCCCCCCCGCCCCCCUCGGCGGCGCGCGCGCGCGCGCGGGGAGGGGGCGCGCGCGGGGAGGGCAGCUGAGGACAGGGGGAGGGAGGGAGCGCGAGGCCGCGCCCGCCUCCGCCCCCCGCGUCUGGCGCGUCGGUCGGGCCCGGCCCGGCCCGGCCCCGGCGCCUCAUUGUGCUUCGCCUCACGCCGGCCCAAGAUGGCGGCGGCGCCGGAGAGCCCCGCGAGCCGCUAACGACAAUAGAGGGAGGCGAGGGGAGCGGGCGCCCCCGCCGGCACCGGCCUCGCCUCUCCCGCCGCCCUUCCCCCCCCCCCCCCCCGCCGCCGCCGCCGCCGCACCUCGCACACGCCCCCCGGCCGGGCCCGGCCGCCACACCCCACCCCGGCCGGCCCCUCUAGCAUGGUGCGGGGCCGCCGCCGCCUCCUUCUCCGGCUGCCGACAUGGGCGAGAGGCUGGAGCUCCGGCUGAAGUCGCCCGUGGGAGCCGAGCCCGCCGUCUACCCCUGGCCGCUGCCCGUCUACGACAAACACCAUGAUGCUGCUCACGAAAUUAUUGAGACAAUUCGGUGGGUCUGUGAAGAAAUCCCAGAUCUCAAGCUUGCUAUGGAAAACUAUGUUUUAAUUGACUAUGAUACGAAAAGCUUUGAAAGCAUGCAGAGGCUUUGUGACAAGUACAACCGAGCCAUUGAUAGCAUUCAUCAGUUGUGGAAAGGAACCACCCAACCGAUGAAACUGAACACUCGUCCCUCCAACGGGCUCCUCCGGCACAUCCUGCAGCAAGUGUAUAACCACUCGGUGACUGAUCCAGAGAAACUUAACAACUAUGAGCCCUUUUCCCCAGAGGUUUACGGAGAAACUUCCUUUGACUUAGUGGCCCAAAUGAUAGAUGAAAUUAAAAUGACAGAGGAUGAUUUGUUUGUUGACUUGGGCAGUGGUGUGGGUCAGGUGGUGCUUCAAGUGGCUGCAGCCACAAACUGCAAACAUCACUAUGGUGUGGAGAAAGCUGAUAUUCCAGCCAAAUAUGCUGAGACGAUGGACAGAGAGUUCAGAAAGUGGAUGAAAUGGUAUGGGAAAAAACAUGCAGAAUACACACUGGAAAGAGGUGACUUCCUCUCAGAAGAAUGGAGAGAGAGAAUUGCAAACACAAGUGUUAUUUUUGUGAAUAACUUUGCCUUUGGUCCUGAGGUGGAUCACCAGCUGAAGGAGCGAUUUGCGAACAUGAAGGAAGGUGGGAGAAUUGUGUCCUCAAAACCUUUUGCACCUCUAAAUUUUAGAAUUAACAGUCGAAACUUGAGUGAUAUUGGCACUAUAAUGAGAGUUGUGGAGCUAUCACCACUGAAAGGGUCUGUGUCGUGGACCGGGAAACCAGUUUCUUACUACCUGCAUACUAUUGACCGAACCAUACUUGAAAACUAUUUUUCUAGUCUCAAAAAUCCAAAACUCAGGGAGGAACAAGAGGCAGCUAGACGUCGUCAACAAAGAGAAAAUAAGAGCAACACAACUACUCCAACGAAGGUUCAAGAAAACAAGGAUUCUGGUGCUGAAGAAGAAAAGGCUGCGGCGAAUUCUGUUAAAAAAACAUCUCCCUCCAAAGCACGUAAGAAAAAGCUAAGUAAAAAAGGAAGGAAAAUGGCAGGCAGGAAACGAGGACGUCCCAAGAAAAUGAACACUGCAAACACAGAGCGCAAGACCAAGAAGAACCAAACUGCACUAGAACUUCUGCAUGCUCAAACUGUUUCACAGACAUCUUCAUCCUCUCCUCAGGAUGCAUACAAGUCACCUCAUAGUCCAUAUUACCAACUACCUCCUAAAGUGCAACGGCAUUCAUCUAACCAGCUACUGGUGACACCUACCCCACCUGCACUACAGAAGCUGCUAGACUCUUUUAAGAUCCAGUACAUGCAGUUCAUGGCGUACAUGAAAACUCCUCAAUAUAAAGCAAGUCUGCAACAGUUACUGGAGCAGGAGAAGGAAAAGAAUGCUCAGUUACUGGGGACAGCACAGCAGUUAUUCACCCACUGCCAGGCACAGAAAGAGGAAAUCAAACGUCUUUUUCAGCAGAAACUUGAUGAGUUGGGAGUUAAAGCUCUAACAUACAAUGACCUGAUUCAGGCUCAGAAGGAAAUCUCUGCUCACAAUCAGCAACUGAAAGAACAGACGAAACAACUGGAGAAGGAUAACAGUGAACUCAGGAACCAGAGCUUACAGCUGCUUAAGGCACGGUGUGAAGAACUGAAGCUGGAUUGGUCAACACUGUCACUGGAGAACUUGCUGAAAGAGAAGCAGGCGUUGAAGAAUCAGAUUUCUGAGAAACAAAAACACUGUUUGGAAUUGCAGAUCAGCAUCGUGGAACUUGAGAAGAGUCAAAGACAGCAGGAGCUCAUGCAGCUGAAAUCGUACACGCCAUCUGAUGAGUCACUGUCAGUACAGCUACGCAAUAAAAACCAUUUGAGCCGUGAUCCUGAGACUGAUCAUGGCAGGUUCCAACUGGAGCUUGAAUGCUCCAAGUUUCCUAUGCCCCACAUCAAUGGCAUGAGCCCUGAACUGUCCAUGAACGGCCAUGCUACUCCCUAUGAAAUUCAUAACACCUUUAGCAGGCCCUCUUCCAAGCAGAACACCCCUCAGUACAUGACCUCUCACCUGGACCAAGAAAUAGUUCCGUGUACCCCAAACCACAGCAGCAGACAGAAGGCAGACAAGAUGACGAGCUUGUCCUUACCUGAUUAUACCAGGUUUUCCCCGGCUAAAAUAGCACUAAGGAGACACUUGAAUCAAGACCACGGAGUCAAUGGGAAAGCAACAGCUAAUGAGAUACAGAGAGCUGACCAUGUCAAAGAGAAUGGCCUUACAUAUCCAAGCCCUGGUAUUUCAAAUGGCAUAAAGCUGAGUCCUCAGGAAACUCGGCCCUCUUCCCCAGCGGCCUUACCAGUUGCAAGCGAGAAGGUUUUGAGAGAGAGAACCUCUGUGAGUAAUGGAGAAACUAUCACCAGCCUACCUAUCAGUAUUCCUCUCAGCACAGUGCAGCCCAAUAAACUCCCUGUUAGUAUCCCUCUGGCCAGCGUAGUCCUACCUAGCCGUGUUGAGAAGGUGAGAAGCACACCUAGCCCAGUUCAUCAGAGUAGAGACUCAUCGACACUUGAAAAGCAGAUUGGUGCUAGUUCUCAUAAUGGCGUAAGCAAUGCUGCUGGAAACAAGCCACUGGCUUUGGCUACCUCAGGUUUUUCUUACUCUUCUGGCUCCGUGGCAGUCAAUGGAAAUCUUACAAACAGCCCAGCCCAUCUUAACCAUAGUGUUGAUCAGGCAGCUCUGGACGACUCUGGGAGUCUGUUUAACUCAGUAGGGUCUCGGAGUUCCACUCCACAACAUCCUUUGCUAAUGAUGCAGUCAAGGAACCCUGGGCAAAACUCCCCUGCUCACCAGCACUCAACAAGCCCCAGGUUAAAUGGCACCUCCCAGAGCCUGGUAGGGGUAUUGCAAUAUGCAGAUGCUCAGAAGAUGUUUGCCGAAGGAACAAAGGGGGAUCUUCAGUCUGAUGCAGCGUUUUCAGAUCCUGAGAACGAGGCCAAGAGAAGAAUCAUCUUUACAAUCUCUCCUAAUACAGGACAUGUAAAACAAUCCCCUUCCAACAAGCACAGUCCUCUGCCCACGAGCGCUCGGCUGGACUGUGGCCAAGCACACGCGCAGGAUGGGAAGAAGCGAGGCCGGCGGAAGAGAUCCUCCACUGGGAAUCUCAGCGGGAACUCCGGGGUCUCCCCGAAACGCAAAUCCUUACCUACUGUGUCUGGACUCUUUACGCAACCGUCAGGUUCACCGCUCAAUAUCAACUCCAUGGUCAAUAACAUUAACCAGCCUUUAGAAAUAACAGCCAUUUCCUCUCCUGAAAAUUCCCUGAAGAACUCUCCUGUUCCUUACCAGGACAAUGACCAGCCCCCGGUACUGAAAAAGGAAAAGCCCCUCAUUCAGAGCAAUGGCGUUCAUUACUCUCCUCUAACAUCAGAUGAAGAGCAGGGAUCGGAAGAUGAGCACAAUAGCAGCAGAAUUGAGAGGAAAAUUGCAACAAUAUCACUGGAAAGCAAAUCUCCACAGAAGACUGUUGAAAAUGGUGGCAGCUUAUCUGGGAGGAAACAAGCACAAAGCAACGAAAACAUAAAUAGCAGUAAAUGGAAAUCUACUUUUUCACCAAUAUCUGACAUCAACCUGACCAAAACUACAGACAGUCCCUUGCAGUCGGUUUCAUCUCUGAGCCAGAAUUCGCUGUUUGCCUUCAGGCCGUCCUCCGAGGAUAGCCUUGCCAUCGACGCCAAGAUCACAGCGCACGCAAGGAAAAGCAUGGCCAUGCCCUCGUCUGGGGCAGAUGGGCUCAGCCCUAGUACAAACUCCACUAACGGAUUCGCGUACAACGGUGGACUGUCAACUGACAUUGGUUUACACAGCUUUAUCGAUGGUGCUUCUCUUCCGCAUAAGGCUUCAGAGGCGACGCCUUCCAGCUGCUCCCUGGGUUUCCAGUCACAGCGGAGCAAAGAUGUGGGGGUGUCGGAAACGAAUCCGUUUUUAAACAAGAGGCAACUCGAAGGCCUCAGCGGCACGAAAGGAGAAGACUUAAAUCGGUCGGCGGUCAAAGGCAAAGAGAUCAGCGAAAUAAGCAUUCGUACUGGGGGUUCUUCAGAAAAAAACUCUUUGCAGCAUAACGGAAAGGUUGGCAAAGGAAGGGACCGAGAUGUGGAGUUUAAAAAUGGCCACAACCUUUUCAUUUCUGCUGCUGUUUCAUCUGGUGGCCUUCUGAAUGGUAAAAGCCUUUCUACUGCUGUUUCUUCAGCAGGCAACCCAGCAUCUUCUGUUCAGACGCACCAUCCUUUCCUAAACACUUUGACCACUGGAUCACAGUUCCCCCUCGGCCCCAUGGCCUUGCAAGCAAACCUCAACUCAGUGACAAAUUCCUCAGUAUUGCAGUCCUUAUUUAAUUCAAUGCCAGCUGCUGCCAGUCUGGUCCAUGUGUCAUCAGCUGCAACCAGACUGACUAAUUCUCACACUAUGGGGAACUUCUCUCCUGGGGUUACAGGUGGAACAGUUGGAGGUAUUUUUAACCAUGCGGUGCCUUCUGCCUCCUCUCCUCAUCAAUUUGGAGCCAGUUUCAGCAGCAGUGCUGUCUCUAGCAGCACAGUGCUAAGCUUAAACCCUCUGCAGGCUGUUGCCAGCACCUCAUCCGCAUCCUUCCCACCCCCUUCCUCUAAUUUAGUAACAUCUAGUGAGACUAGAUCUGCUCAGCACCUCAACAGAGCGCCAGUGCAAUCUGUUUUCCAUUCCCCUCCACCUCCUCCUAACGUUUCAUUGCCCCCACCUCCUCCACUACUUGCUUCUAACCCCGAGCCUGCGCUUCUGCAGAACCUGCCAUCCAUCCCACCCGGUGAAGCUUUUUUGCCAUCCUCUUCUGCUGCUUCUGUCCAAACUGCUAACGCUUCUUUGUCUAUUAAGCUAGCUUCUCUCCAGCACAAAACCUCCCGCCCCUCCUUUACAGUCCAUCACCCGCCUCUGCCCCGUUUGGCGCUGGCACAGUCCGCGCCCAUGAUCACGCAGUCCAACGCAGCUGGCACGUCCGCUAUGUGGGUUACACUUGGCAUGCAGUCUCCUUAUGCUUCGCACCUUUCUGGGGUUAAGCCACGAUAAAGAGCUUGCUUAGCUAACAGUUCUUAUUUUGUAAGGUAAGGCUAGAGAAAAAAAAAGAGGACUUUUGUACAAGAUGCUGAAUGAUGCUCCUUCCUUUUCAGAGAUAGGUUGGGGAUGGAAUCUGUGAAACAGAAACCUCUAAAACGUGGGAAGCAAAUAAUCUGAUGGCAGAGGAUGGAGAGUCUUAAUGCUCUCUGUUCUGGGAGUCAGGAUUUCUCGACAAGGAGUGCUCAGAGUGGUAACUCUGGUCUGUCUCAUCGGACGUUAGGAUUAUGUUCAGGUUGAGAUCACUUCAUGAAAAUGUUUAUUUCUGACGAUCGGUAAUCAGGAAGAAUUGUCUAUUUUUAAGUAUGGUUUUAUACGGUUAUUGGAAGUGGUUGUUGUCUACCUUGAUUUCCCCCCUCCCCUCUUCUUGCCUUCUGACACAGACUGUUGCAUUUCCACAAGUCCAUGUUCGCAUAGUGUUAGGAUGCGUGAUGGUGCUGCUUUGUGAUUGUAUGUGGCAAUGUGGUGGUCUUGUUUUUGCUGUCAGUCAACAACAGCUGCUCUAAAUAAUCAUAAAGUUAAAAAUCUCUAGGUUACAAGCUGCAGCUUUGGCUUGGAGAACAAAUGCACUGGUCUUGCAUUGCAGUUAUUGUGCCCCCUGCACCAAUGGAAAACGCAACCACAGGUAGCAAAGGGUUGUAAUUUAUCUGUGCACUGCAGCUUUAUUGGACUUGCCUGCGAGGGCUAACAGUAACAGACUCCAUCGGAUGCUGUAUUUAUGCUCACUUGGCAAUCACUGGUUUACUGGGUAGACUGUGAAUGAGAACACAGGGAAUCUUCAGGGCUAACUGCGGUCCAUGCUUCAUAAAGGCUGGGGCCAUAGACGAGAGGAGGGUUUCUGGAGACUGUAUGCAUUUUUACUGAAGCAGGUAUUUAAAUGUCUUUAGAGGAACUCCAGAAUAAAGUGUACCACCACAGAGUUGGGUACUGUUGUUAAUGAAAAUACUCUGUGGCAUCCUGAUGUAACAACUUGUGCUUGCAAAGUUAAAUCAGUAUGUUAGGCCCCAGAGCUUGCUCCUGCUUUUCUUGUAGGUCUUUGAUGUUGUUGCUGUUCACUGAUACCAAAGCUACAUACGAUAUAUGGUCGAAUACUCUUUGCUGCUUAUAAAACAUAUGACUCAAUUACAAUAUACCUGAGAGAUUCUUUUGACUCUGCAUUGUGUAUAGUGUCUUCAUCAUCAAAUUGCUCCACAGACACAAACAAAUCCUCAUUAGUCUUUUGUGAGGCACGUAAGUAUUACCUCCGUCCUCCUAUACAAGAAAGCGAGGCUGAGGAAGAGUUUUGAGUAACGUGGUCCCUGUGUGCCACCCAACAGUGUGAUGUGGUUACAGAACGGGCUUGAAAGAACCUGGACAGAAACAAGAUGGGGGAGAAGAGCCAAGGAGGGUUAGGCUUGGGGUUUUGUAUACGUGAGCAACUCAAGCAAGGGCGGUGUGAAAGCCUUCUGCUGAAGCAGUUGCCUUUCCUGGAACUGAGGUCGUAUCGGGCUAGACUCCAAACCGUUGGAUGCCAUGGUCCCUGUCACAAAAGAGUUCUGAGCAAAAUAGGCGAGGCACAAAAGUGAUGUACGGAGAAGAGUAGCUGGAUGACAAAGCUGGAUUGUGGAGCAAAGGAGCAGAAGUAAUGCUGCCAGGAGGUGGUGUAUGACAGACGUACCGUAGCCGUGGUCCCGCUCUGUGUGACUCUUGAACGUAGGUCAAAUAGUUGAGCAGUUUCAUUGACGUCGGUGUAAAUACGUGUGCUCAGAGCCCUGGAUGAAACUAGGUUGAAAUCUGGAAUCAGGGGCUAAAAUCAACUGCUUUGCUUCUCAUAAUGUCUCUCCCCCAAGGUAAUAAAAAACUCAAAGCAGAUCAGCGUGUGCUAGAAAAAGAUGGAAGUACUGAGUGGGGGGGAGUACUCCCCCCCCCCCCCCCGCUCAGAGUCAGUCACAGGAGGACAGAAUUCAAUACGGUUACACGGGCAGAGAGCUUUAAAAACUGCAGCAGCCGGGAAGGGCCGCGUGUCGCCCUCGGAGGCAUCCUUUCUUUCUAAUUGCAGUUGGGUCAAAGAGUUGCUCCUUCUUUGCUGGCUAAUGAGGUCUUGGAGCAAUGUAGCAGUGACUGACACAUCUAACGCACAGCAGAUUUUUGUCUUUUAUUUAGAUGAGUCUCUUCCUCUCCUCCUGUUGUGCAGGUAACUAGGAUUUCUACCUCAACCCAAUGUGACCUAUGCAAGGACAACGUGGACCAACUUCACUCGGCUUCCACUGAAAGGUGCUCACCUGGCCUGUGCAGGGGUUUCUACUCUCUUACUACUGGACAAAAUAAAAACAUUAAAAAAAGACCUAAACAACAGAGAAAAUAUUUACUGUGAAUCUGAGUAAAAAAAGACAAAAAAGACAAAAAAAAAAAAAAGGGCAAAAGAGAUGCUUAAAGCUCCAGUUUGUAUUGUUGAUAGUUUAGAUAAAGUAUUUAUCUUUUUUUAAAAUGAAAACAAUUUUGACUUAUUUUAUUCCACCUAGAACCAUAAAUACAACUUAUUAUUAAAUUCUCUGAAUAAUAAAGGACUGGCACACCAGCAGAGAUGUAAAGAGCCUCCUCUCGGUGCUAUUUCAUCCGUUAGAACUGUGCCUCUAGUUUGAAUCCUUGGUGCUGAAUUUGGAGGGUUGACCAAUGCCAAACCCAGUUCUCAGAAAGGUCUGCAGUUUAUUUAUUGAACUUACUCUGUUCAUAUACCAAAAUCCACUUGGUUUGCAGCAGUGUGAGCUGCAGAGAAAGGCAGUCUUCUGUCUCAUGUUUUGUAUCACUUUGAACUGAGCUGGGCGCUCUGUUAACUGGGUGGUUUUUAAUUGUCUUUGUUACGUACAAGAACUCAGUACUCCCCUCUGGAGUGGCAGCUAGAGUACCUGGGGUGGCCCGGGCGAGCUCAGCCAUCGCAGGCACAGUUGGAACAGAAAAAAUUCAAGUCCUGCCCCAUUCAAACUACUUCACUGGGCCAUUUGCAGUUGCUGGUGGCACUCGAGUCACUGUGAAUUUUGGUAGCUAGUCUGGUAACUUGUUUUGGGAUGUCAUUGGCAUAUGAACAGGGUGCAUAAUCACUGGUAUUGGUCAGGCCCUUUUUACCAACAUUGGGAAGACUGAACGUAGUGCUUCUGUACUGGUGCAGGUAGCAGAUUCUCUCAGCUUGUUGUUUUUGUUCCAAGUACAAUGUAUUUUGUUAGUAGGGUUUUGAUACUUGAUUCAGAAAUGGCUUAGCCGUGUACAUUUAUUGAUGAAGUGCAUUUUGCUUUUGUAUUUCUUUGCUUUAAGUAGGUCUAAAUGGUAGUUCACAAAAACACCACAAUCUAGCUUACCAUGCUGCCACACUAUCAGACUGGUGCAGUUAAUUGUAUUGUGACUUGGUGUUCUGUGUACAGAAAGUGCCGCUCGGAGCAGCGGCUGUAUUUUAUAGAGAUGUGAUGAAAAAAUUAUAAAUUUCAUAUACUUUAUUUCAUUUAUUUUUAGAUUGUACAAUGCACAGUAAACUUGUAAAAACUUAUUUAUUUGAGUGCACAAAGUGAGGAGAAGGAUGAUCCAUUAACUAGAAAUCACCCUGGUCUGUAGUUCAGACUGGACCAAGCACCAAUAAAGGAAACUACAGUAGAAGAGGGGGAAUUGCAACAGCAAAACGAUGAGAAGAAAAACACAGUUAGGCUUGGGGGAAAUACCUGCCGGCUAGCCCCCGUGCCCUGAGGGGCAGCACUGCCCGCUCUGCGCCGGAGGCACUCGCUGUCCUCGGAUCCCUUCUGGGUCCCUCGUGCUCCCCGAGGAUCUCCCGCCGCCAGCAGUCGGGCAUUCACCCGCGACUCCAGCCCUGCCUUAGCAGCCGCCCGCCGGGGCGUCCCGCCGUCCCCGAGAGCCGGGCUGAGCGCGCUGGCUCUUUUGUCUCCUGCCUCAAACCCGGGGUUGGGGGGAGGCGAGGUGCCUCUGCCCUCGGGUGCUUCCCUCCUGCUGCCUGGGUCCCCGAGCGACGGUUGAGCGCACCGUGCCGGCCGUGGUCAGGAGAGCGGUGGGGGGUGAGGUGCCAGGGCAGCUCCUACCCUCUGCACGCUUCAGUUAGUCCCUUCGCUCUGUACCUCAUCCCUGGUAAUCUUAGUAGAGAUAUAGGACCAAGUGUGCAGCUAUUUUGUUGAUUCCUACGCGUGUCUUCCAUAGGCAGCCUUUGCGUGCAGAAACUGUUCAUCUAACUUUGCCGCCUUACUCACUGGAAAAGGAAGGGAUCGAUAGCCCUGGAAAUUAGGGACCUUUGGGAACUGUUUUCUGCUUUGCAUGUGGGAGAGGACUUGACAGCGGUGCACCCUGCUGAGUCACGGCAAGAUGAAAACCUAGAACAGGGCAAAAAUGCUCAGAGGGUGAUAGCUGAGAAACAUCCAGUAGCUUCUAGUAGAAGCCGUACACAGUUUAUGUCCUGGAAUCCAGGAAGACAAUGUAACCCAGAUGUUUUGCAGCUGGGAGUUGGGCCGCUCCAGCUUCUUCCAGAUCUUUGGGUAACUGGAAGCUGCGGAGCUGCCUUAGCAUCCUUCCCAGCAAAUGGCAGAGUGCUCAGGUCUUGGAAGGCUUUAAAUUGGUAGGCUGUGCCUGAGCAAUUGCUGGAGAGACAGCGGCCUUAAUUACAUCUCCCCCUGUCAUUUAUAUCCCCAGUGAGAGAGAGGAGGAAAUGCAAGUAGAAGCUUUUAAUCACUCUGCUUUUAUCGGAUCCUUUUCUGAAAAGGGUCCGAAAUACAGAGCUCCUUGGACCUCUUGUGCCCCCUUUCAUCUCAAACCACAGAAGACGUCCAGCAAGAGAACUCAGCUGCCAUCACCUGUCCUGUACGGGCAGGGCUCGCUUGCGCUCGCACCCGGGGUGCUCACAGGACCCUGGCAGAGACGUGUGUUUGGGGAAGGAGCCGACUCGCUGCGCUCUCUGGGACCUGCUGUGCUCUCCACCAGCUGCUCGAGGCCCGGGUCGCCCAGCUGGCUCCGGGCACUCCGCGGCCGAAGAGGACGGCUAGCUUCUCGUCGUGGGAAUGACUUGCUUUGUCCCGAGGCUCCCAGCAUCUCGGGAAUUGGUGCCUGGGGAGCAAGACAGAACUGCAAGACAUGGUUUAGUGGUGGACUUGGCAGUGUUAGCUUCACAGCUGGACUCGAUGGUCUUAAAGGUCUUUUCCAACCUAAAUGAUCUCGGAUUCUAUGACCCUCCGGAUCGAAGGCCCUGGGCAGGGAGUUUGUCAUCUGCUCGCCGGUGGGUGUUGUGGAAAAGCAAAGCCCCUUCUGUCCCUCAGAGUCGUCACCUGUGGUAGCAGGUGCUUCGGUGAGCAGCCGCCAGCCCGUGUUGCCUGCAGGACUUGCUCGGGAGCAGCUGUUGGAGACCCGCGGCACAAGCCCGCUCGCUGUAGCUGAGCACGCGUGCGCUGUCAAGGCGUUUUCAACUACCCGGCAUUUUGGAGUCUGAUUCGCCAGCUGUCAUCUGGGAAAGCCAAAUGAAACCAGAUGCUGACCCAGGAAUAAACAAACGUGUAGUUAGGAUGUGCUUGAAAUGGAUUCAGUCUGCUGGCCAACGUGCUGAGCAUCUGCUUCAACCUCCCGGGUCUGUUGGGACCAGGCCUUCAUCUACCUCUGCAUCUCCUCAGUGCUGUCAUUCCCAGGGACCCCGUGUUUCCAUCUUGGCAGCCCACGCUGCAGGAGUCCGGAGCUUCUCUGGCCUCGCUGGUGUCUUCCACCCACGUCUGGUACCUUUGGCACCUUCACCUUGCGGCACGUUGUGUAAUUGCAACGCGUUUCACUUGCGUGGCUCCUCUCAUCUAAAUCUUCAUAGUAAUGUGCUAACGCUUGCAGGCAGCGGUGUGAGAUGGGAAGCCAGGCAAGGGCGGGUUUUGGACUGAUGUCUUAGUAUUGCAUUAACUGGGAGGUAUUGGCAAGAGAUUUGUGGUGUUGUCUUCCCUGCUGCCCGGUCUUUUAUCACUUUGUCAUAAUCCUCAGGCAAGUUCAGCUUGCUUCUCCUCUGUCUGCAAAACGGGGAGAGCGUUUACCUCUGCUCUAGGGUUGCAGAAGGAAUAGCUUUGAGAUGGUGAGAUCGGAGCCAUAUGGCUACAAGAACAAGACCCUCGUGACCCUACUGUAGGAGUGCUGCGCCAGAGGUCUGAAACCUGUUUUCAAUAAUUGGAGAUGCUUUUGAGUAAUCAAAGCCAAACAGCCAGUUCCAAAAAGGAAUUCCUUCUGUGUUACCACAUCCUGCCGGGUCCAGUCCUUUCGUUGCUGUCACACAUGUUCCUUCUCCUCCACGCCGCCGUUGCCAGCGAGGGACUCGUCAGGAAGCUAAAAUACAUCUUGUAGCAUAUACGUUGCCAAAAAAUAUGGAACUUCCUGAGCGUUGCGCUGAGCAAGACCUGUGCCCUGCUGCUAAAUGUCAGCCUUGAGGAACAAGCCUUGCGCGCUCUUCCUUUUUUGGUGAUUUGCUACCCCUGGCUUGCGCUUGCUGGGUUCAGUCCGCUGAGACCCACCGUGCUGUGAAGCUGGGAGUGCUCCAAAAACAUUAAACCCAAACUUGCUGUUUGCUGCAGAUUAGUCAUUCAGCAACAAUUCUUCCAUUAGCCAGGGGUGUGUAGGACACGGAGCAGUCAGAUUUCUCUGCUUAUCGUGUAGCUGAGGGAGAAAGUGGGAAAACAUUGCUGCAGGACGUGAAAGCUUGGGUUGCUGAAACCGAGCCAGCGUGCAGACUGGCGGGGAAGUCGAGCUGCCCCUGCAUCGCCUCUUGUUUUGGUGCAAACGAGGCUGUUUCCUUUUAGGAAGGCCGUGGAUUGGUCUGGACAGUCGCAGUGAUGGGAAGCAUCUUCACCUCUCUUAGUCCAGGCUUUGGAUGAAAUGGGAGAGAGGCGAAGGGGGAGCUGCCAGCGACGGGGCGUGCAGCACAGCCUAGGUGUACAGGGCAGGUGGAGACAGAGUGCCGUCUCCGACCAGUGUCCUCUGAUAGCAGGAACUCCUGUCUCCUUGGCCACCCAAACACAGAAAUACUUUCUUGUGCUUCCAUUUCAUUUCCUUCCUUUCUAGUGGCAAUAGCGCGUGAUUUAUGUUCAUCCUGCUGUUGGCUGGGGUUUGGCGUGGCUCUGGGUGUGGGCUCGGCCUCGAUUCCCCCUGUGCCAGGACCGGCUGGCGGGACGGGCGCGUGAGGACGAAGCUGAGCUUGCAGGGUCUGAGUCUGUGACUGCACCUACAGUCGCUGGAGUAGCCCGGGCAGGAAGGUUGCAUCACUGGAUUGUGAAGGGAUCUACUAGUCACUGGUUUUGUGGAUCAAGAGCUUUCAAAUCCCCAGGGCUUGACGCUCCUCAGCCUGAGACACCCAGCUGUUUGGCACACCCAAUUACUUAAAGCAUUGAGCAGCUUGCUUCUUUCUUUGCCCGGGUAUUAAGUUUGACUAAAUAACUUCUUUAUUUGAAAUCUGCUGAGCAGAUAAGUUUCUGGCUUGAUAAGCUCUUCCGUUGCAUCUGAAUAACAUUUCAAAGUGGAGCAUUGCUUCAGUACUGCUCGGCCGUGGAGGCUGGUCGGGGUGGCCCCGUGUCGCGUGGUCAAGCGUGUGGCUGCGUGUACGUGUAGGUGCCUGCUGGGGACGAGUUUCCUCCUGUGAGGUGUUGGUGACACUUCAACCUCCUCCUUCGGGGGCUGGACUAGCCGACCUUCAAAGAUCCCUUCCAACCCAAACUCUUCUGUGAUUCUCUCUACAGAGAAUACCCGGGAGUAGCUGCUCUGCCUCAGAAAAUAAACGGGAGGGGUGUGAGCGGGAAGGAGAUGGAUGGAAGCCAGCUCUGCCUCGCCUGUUUUUAUUGCAGCACGGAUUCAUACCGGACGCAGUGGGGCUACAGCAGCCUUUGCAGGUCGGGUGCUCCACACCACGGCGGAUUUACACCCCGCAGUGAGGAGGGGGUGUCUCAUCCCAGCCUUCCCUGCAGAGGCGGCUGUGCCCUCCCGUGCUGCUGGGCUUCCCCUUCUGGGAGAAGGUCUUUUAGUGCGGAGUAACGAGGUGGUGGGCAGGCAGCUUGGGGUCACCUCCAGGGCCCUCUGUGGGUUGAUUCUUGCUGGGAUUGUUUAUUUAGAAAGCAGCAUCUGCUCCCCCCCACUCAUUAUUUUUCCACUUGGAAGAGAGUCCAAGCAGAGGGGAGAGGCUGAGCGAUUGCAUGGCAGGGGAGAGCAUCGGCAAAUGCAGAGCUGGUCUCUGCAGCAGGGCAGACUUGGCUUUUGUUCAGGCGAUGGGUUUUUUUUGUGGGACGCAGAGUGGUGAGCAGCUCGAGGGCCAGCACGCGCUUUCGUCUCCUCCGAGUUUAUUGAGAGCUCCCCCCCCCCUUUCUUUGUGACUCCUGCGGAUGCGUCCUUGGCCCUCGGACCCGCGGCAGGGACUCCCGGCCGGAGGCGACCCCCGGCAGCUGCCUGGCUCGGCAGGACAAAGCCCUGCAGACACGGGAGGUUUUGCAGGAGGGGGCCUUCAGGUGACAAACGCCGCUCCGUCACCCCGCGGCUCCCUGCCCCGCGCGAGGUUUUUGCCGCGUUGCUGGAAGGGGAGACUUCCAGCGCCGGGAGCUUGCUUUCGAGCUGCUGAUCCCGACAUCCCUCCCCUGGCCCUUCCUUCCUCAGCUGGGUCUGGAGUUGGUGCUCAUCCCCCCCCCCCCAGCUCUGGUAGCACACAGGCGCUGCCCCUGGCUGGAGCGGGGCGAGUGCCCACGGCAGGCGCUGCUUGCAGACCAGCCCUUCGUUAGGACUUGCUAAUUUGUCCCGGUGCCCACGUUCAGGCGGCUUUGGUCGAUCAAGUUCUACGUAGAACCCGUUUGCUUUCAGUGUUGGAAUCAGUCCUUUUCGUACAGGGUAUGGAAACCUGAAGGUUAUCGAGAUAUUUUUUUCUGGGAGGGAGUUAGCCCAACUCACACAGGUGACUGUCUUGAAAAAAUUCUGCUUUUGUUGUUUUUGCCUGAGCCAAAAGCAUAAAGAGGAUUAAGCAUUGGGAGCUCCAAAUGACGAUUUCUUCAGUUAAGGAGUGGAUGUUGUGCAGUGGACUGCAAACCAACAAUAAUGCAUUUUAAAAUCGCAGUUUGGGGAGAAGAAACUAGACAGUGUUUUUGUGAACUAUCUCUGCAGCACUGAGGAAAAAUGACAAGAAUUGGAUUUUAUUGAAGCACAGAGAUGUAGUCAGUGUACGAGUAUUUGAAGUUUUACGGCUGUUAAGGAUUUUUUUUCUUCCUUUUUUUGCUCCAACAUUUCCAUAGCUUGCAUAUCAGGUUUUCACUAAAAGAUGGAUUACCAGUUUUUAAAAUGUUGUUGUGCCAUAUUUUAUUUAUCCUUAUGCAUUAUAAAUAUAUAAAUAUCUAUUUAGACUGAAUAUUGCAAUGCAAGAUGCUAUUAUUGUGAACUUCAGGGUUUAAAUCUGGGACAAAAAAAAAGUGGGAAAUACUUCUCCAGUAUAUUUGCUCUUUGUGACCCUCUUUCUGAAGAGGUUUCUUAAGUUUUUAGUUUAAAAACAAACUCACAUCUUAAAAUUCAAAGUUUUACGAUGCUAACCCUGAAGUUCUCAAGUUUGUGAUCCUUUGGUUUUUUCAAGGUACAUCUGGUUGCUUUUCUGGUGCAGUCAAAUCAUUCUUUAGAAAGGUCUUGGUUCUGGAGUUAAUGAGGAAAAGGUGGAAUGGGUUGAUCCAUCCUGCUUGGCUUUUUUAACCUAUUAAUCUUUUAAGCGAUCAAUUUCAAAUUAAAAACCAACUUUUUAGGUCUCUGUUCUACUUAAAACUUUUUAGGAGUGAGAGCCUGCCCUCGCUGAGUGGGACUUUGAUGGGGAAAGCAGUAGAUUAUGAGGUUGCUGUUGCUCAGGAAUUGAUUAGUAAACUUUUAACUACUAAUAAAAAUCCAUUUUUCAAUGGAUUUUUUAAGAAAAACAUUUUCUUAGAACAGUGAUAUGGGAUGUUUCCUAGUGAAUAGGAAUUAGUUUAUAUAAUUUAGCCUAUUAAACUGAAUUAUUUAAAAUUCAAACUUCCCCUAAUUUAUCUUUUGUUGUGGUUUUUUUUUUUUUGGUUUUUGUUUUUGUUUUUUUUUUUUUUUUUUAUACCGGUAAGUUGUCCUGUCAUUCCUUUCAUUCUUCCAUAGAAGUAGCGUGAAUUCUUCUGGUGUGUAUAUAUGUAUGUAUAAUAUAUAUAUUUCCACCCUGCCUUUCUAAUUCUCCACAAUGUAAGAGUUAGUUUUUUCUCCCCUCCCUCCACUUAAUUUCUUGUGUCUUCACCUUGAUUUGUAAUUGAAACAAUGCUUUGAAGUUUUGUCUUUAUAUUAAAGUGUAUGUAUUUUAAUACAC